AUGUCGGCUACUUUUCUCGCUAGCACUACUGGAUGGUCUAAUGUCGGUGGCGUUUUAGGUGCUCGCUCACUAAGCGACGACGAUGUGUGGCGCAUGCUGGCUCAUCAGAUAGCCCCUGGCGCGGAGUACAACUCGCCCGAGCGGCAACCUUUUCCUAUGUGUCUUCCGGGAACACGUGUCAAGGCGUUGGAUACCUUAGAGACUGUCUUGACCCAAACCGAUCGGAAGGUCGUCUGGUUCUUCGGAGGCCCAGGUUCCGGCAAGUCGAGUAUUGCCUACUCCAUUGCAGACCGCUUGCGUAGCCAAAAUCGCUUGGCUGCAACUUUCUUUUUCUCACGCAAGCAUCUGAACAGAAGCAACACCGACCGAGUUUUCCUUACCAUUGGCUAUCAAAUCGGCCUCCUUCACCACCAGGCCAAAAGUCGCAUCAUAAGGGCAAUCCGACACGACCCCACUUUACUCGAGUCACACAAAUCUCGUGGCGACCAGCUUGAGCGUCUCGUCGCUGAGCCUUUAAGAAGUCUU